AUUUUUGGGCUUUAAUUUAGUUUGAGCGGACACUUCGAGCGAAUCGAGACACGUUAAAUAGUUUUGUUUUUUGUAUUUUGGAAGUGACUUUCUGCCUUCCUAAAGCGGGCAAUCACAAAAAGAAUGGCACCCACUGUAGCAUCUGUAAAUGUGACAACUAGCACCGUGGCCAGCAUUCAGCUGAGCUCCGUUUAUAUAAAUAGUACCACUAGCACCACUCUUGCCUAUAAUGAUUACGGUGGUUCAAACAAUGCAACCAUUUACUGGCCAGAUCCAGAACCGGACUAUGUAUAUUUCUAUUCGGGCUACGCUUUCUACAUUGUGAUCUUUGUUUGUUUCGUCGUCAUUUUGCCAUGUGCUGUGAUAAUGAACGCAAUGCAGCGCAAGCGUCAGGAGAAUGCACGACGUCUAGUCGAGCAGAGGCAACGAGCUCGCCGUGAAAUGGAAAUUAGCAUUGCCAACAACAAUCCAAAUAUAGGCAACUCAGGCGGCGGCAAUGGCAGCGUUUCUAUACAGACUGAAAACGACAUGACCAUAUUGCCCAAGGGCAUGGAUUUACCGCCCAGCUAUGAUGAGCUCAACUACACCAACAAUGUAAAGCCACCGGGCAGCCUUGGAGCCUCCAUGCUAACCAUAACCACCGAUUUGGAUUGCAGCAACACGAAUCUGGCAGCAGCUUUAAACGAGCCGCCACCAGACUAUAUUGAACCCACAGCAAGUGCCACCACCACCACAACAACAACCACUACGGUUGUGGUUAGUGGCCCCUUGCCCCGAAUCUAAUUGAAUUAAUUGUAUUAAAUUUUUCCUUAAAUCUAUUAUCUUCACUUUUAAACACAAUAAACUACACUUUAUACAAGAAAA